UAAGAAGAAUAGCACUUUCUUCUAGUGAAAAUAUUAAUACUACAACCAGAAGAAGGAUGUGCAAUCCUCAUAAACCACACAAACAUUUGGAAAGUUCUGCAGUAUGUGAAACACUUGUUAUUACAUCAGCGAUGAUACUGAAGAAAUAACAACACUCAGCAGGGUAAAAAGCUGUGUCAAUAGAUACAAUUUCAGUAGGUUCACAAAAGUGAUUUGGAACAUGCAACAGCAGGAGACCACAGACAGCCACCUUGGGGAACUACUGCCUAGUGUAUACCAGAGCACAUGCAACACCCAACGUCUUCUAAUUAAAAAUAAAAAAUAAAAAAAAGACAGGAUACGAUGCAACUUCAGGCAAAAGCAGCACACUAAACUGGACCAAGAGUUCACUGUCCUGUCUCUGAUCAAUAAACAAGACAGGUGUGAAACCCCAUAAGAGAAAACAAUGCAGUAACAUUCAAGGUCUCCAUGAAGGAGAACUGUAAAUCUGGAAAGUUAGAAGAUCUUUCCCCGUCAAGGUCAAGCCAUAAGUCACCAGGUCUCUUGCUUGCAUGUUGUUCAACUCCUUUCUUGUCAACUGGAAGCCAUCAACGAGCUAAACAGGCCCCAGGCCUGUGAGAGAGAGAGAGAGAUGUGCUUUCAGCGCUUUGACUGGACAGAACUUCAAAUUUCUGCACACUUCUGCAGCCUCACCAUUGCCCCAGAGCAGGUUUAGUUGGUUUUGCAGAACCUGGGAGUCAAUGUCAUUUAGGCUUCCAUUCGGUGCAAACCUUAAAUCAUCGGAUGUAUCUUGACAAGAGCUAAGAAACCAGCUUAUCAAUUUAGAAGAACCUGAGUAAGUAUGUGCUCCUGUGGCACAUGAGAUACAAAGCCAAACUGGUGACGACGAGUUCUGUGUCUGUGAAGUACAAAAUGAAAUCUGAAAGAUUAAUUAGAUCCUCCAUGCCCCAAAGGUACCAAUCUUUUCAACAAAACAAGCUAAAGGAAACCGCCAUUUGGCACUCUUGACUGUCUGAAUAGUGGAGCAGGACAUGAAAGACGUUGUAUGCAGCUAGAAGGAAGCGUCAGUCUGACCUUAAAUAAUUAUGUUAUAGAGAGGGCAAGCAAUCUGUGAGCAGUAGUGGUGAAACUGACAUCUGUCUAACUCAUUUGGACAUCCCUAGAGAGAAAAAUCAUGUCAAAGCAUGGAGAAGGGUAGGAGAUGGGCUAUCAGAAGAUGACCGGCAGCAUCAUUGCAAGCAGACCAGCCUUCGAGGCUUCUGGGCUGGUGUUACUAUUGCUUUGACUCCUGUUAUCUCUGGCCUUCGGUAAAUAUGACACUACUGUGACUAUCCGUAUGGCGCAGGAUGAAAUGCAUUCUGGAGGGAGCUGCCUUGAUUUAAACAGAGUUGCCCUUGGGAUGAAUUUGUCCCGUGUCCAUUAUUGUUUGCUAAGAGAGAGAGACACACACAUGCCGUUUCAUAAGGAUACGCCUAAUUUCCAGAAAUAACCAUGUUUUUGUGGCUUAAAGUCUUAGCGUUUGGCUUUGUCUUUCUGGACCAGGAUGCUUUUGUCAAAGCUGGAGACGAAAAUAUGCCAACUUCCACCUCUCCUCCCCCUGUGUCACCUCUACCUGCACACUCCACUUCACUCUCACCUGCAGGCACCACCAAAGCUGGAGACGAAAAUAUGCCAACUUCCACCUCUCCUCCCCCUGUGUCACCUCUACCUGCACGCUCCACUUCACUCUCACCUGCAGGCACCACCAAAGGGGAUCAGCCAGCAUCAUCUACUAAUGGUGCCUCUCCUCCAGGCAGCAUGCACCUCACCACUCAGGCGGGCUCGGGCCCCACCGCCGCCGGGCUCAGCUCUCAGCCCCCCAGCAGCACCGCUGCCCUUUCCGCACGCACGGCCGCUGCCGGCCUGCCCACGGCACCAGAUGAUUACACUCCAACAUCCUUGCACAGCACCACCUCACCAGGCAGCAUGCCAGCAAACACUGGGAUCAUCCCCAAUCACACCAUAGAAACUACCACAGUGACAACUGAAGGACGCUGUGAUCAUAAUAUUCAUUACUCGAUGAGUAAUGAGCCAGACGAGAAUAACUCUGUUGAAGUUACAUUGAACAAGCUCGAAAAAAACAAACAAUAUAAUAUUUUUCCCCUUGAAAAUGGUACAUUCAUGAAUCAUAGCACCUACAAAGUAAGGCUUCAGAGAUGUAAGAAAUACGAAGUUCAACAGGGAAAUUGUACGCUACUAAAGCUUCUUCUCUCACCUGACGAAAGCAAGUAUUCUUUCAGUGCUUCGGAUAUAACAAAUACAUCUGCAAAGUUAUGCUGGAACAGCUCAUCUGACUGUGCUGUGCAAUACCGUUAUAACUGCGAAUCCGGUCCUUUAACAGAGUCUCCUAAGGACUCAGGUGAUGCUUGUGCAAAUCUGGAAAAUUUGUUGCCCAACCAUCGCUACAUGUGCAACAGUACAGUAAGAUUUAAUGAUAAGGACUGGCUGCAUGCAAAUACUAGCAUAGAAACAGAUUUUAGUCCUCCAGACAAACCAGGAAAUCUUCAAAUCCAGAGUUAUGCCAGAAACGUAUCACUUACAUGGGAGGAAUCUGUCAGCAAAUCAAAUGGUAGUAUAGCUGGCUAUACUGUGUGCUGCAAUACCACUGACAACUGUGCACGUACUAGCAUGACUAGCUUUGUCUGUGAUGGAUUACAUCCUUAUGCCGAUGGUUUUGUAUUGGUCACUGCCUUUACAAUGAGCAAAUACGCUUACAAAGAACUUCCAGGAGAUCAUGCAAAAAAGGAGUUUAAGACAGAUUCAGCAAAACCAAAGCGAGUGACUGACCUCGAUGUAACAUUGACAGCUGAUAAUGCAGUCCAAAUUAAAUGCAAAAAUCAAGAUGUGUAUGGUAACGAAACAGUAUUUGUAUUGGUUUGGAAUGAGGAGAAAAAACAGAAUUUCAAGGAGUGUUUUUUUUUAGAGGAAAAUCUUUCCUAUUUGACAAACUAUUCAUUUAAGAUUUUUGUGCGUAAUGAAAAAUAUAACGGAGAAGAUACAUAUAGUAGUGUAAAAACCAGAUACAAUUCUAAGGCCCUGAUUAUAUUCUUGGCAUUCUUGAUCAUUGUGACUUCAAUUGCUUUACUUCUGGUUCUGUAUAAAAUCUAUGAUCUUCACAAAAAAAAGCUCAGCAAUUCUUCUGAAGAUGUGAGCCUUGUUAGAGUUAAAGAUGAUGAAAGGCAACUUCUGAACAUAGAGCCAAUACCUUCAGAACAGUUAUUGGAGACAUACAAGAGGAAGAUUGCUGAUGAAGGAAGACUCUUCUUGGAUGAAUUUCAGAGUAUUCCUAGAAUUUUCACUAAGUUUUCAAUAAAGGAGGCCAAAAAAAGCCAUAAUCAGAACAAAAAUCGUUACAUUGAUAUUCUCCCGUAUGACCAUAAUCGUGUGGAACUCUCAGAGAUAACAGGAGACCCAGGAUCAGAUUAUAUCAAUGCAAGUUAUAUUGAUGGUUUCAAAGAACCGAGAAAAUACAUUGCUGCACAAGGCCCCAAGGAUGAAACCACAGAUGAUUUCUGGAGAAUGAUCUGGGAACAGAAGGCAACAAUUAUUGUCAUGGUGACUCGCUGUGAGGAAGGAAACAGGAACAAAUGUGCCCAGUACUGGCCGUCAAUGGAGAAUGGCUCUGCAACAUAUGGGGACAUUAUUGUGAAGAUCAAUGAAAGUAAAGUGUGUCCAGACUAUAUCAUUCAGAAACUACAUAUUACAAAUGGAAGGGAAAGAACACCUGGAAGAGAUGUCACUCACAUUCAAUUCACAAGCUGGCCAGACCAUGGAGUCCCUGAGGAUUCACAUCUUCUUCUCAAACUCCGGCGCAGAGUUAAUGCUCUCAGCAACUUUUUUAGUGGCCCAAUAGUGGUUCAUUGCAGUGCUGGUGUUGGGCGCACUGGAACAUAUAUUGGAAUUGAUGCAAUGCUGGAGGGGCUCGAUACCGAAGGCAGAGUGGAUGUUUAUGGCUAUGUUGUGAAGCUGCGUCGACAGCGAUGCCUCAUGGUUCAAGUAGAGUCACAAUACAUCCUCAUCCAUCAAGCACUGGUGGAAUAUAAUCAGUAUGGAGAAACCGAGGUCGCUCUCUCAGAACUGCAUGCCUGCCUUACAAAUCUGAAAAGGAAAGAUCCUCCGAGUGAUCCUUCUUUGCUGGAGGCAGAAUUUCAGAGGUUGCCCUUCUAUAAGGGAUGGCGGACACAGAACACUGGGAAUCGAGAGGAGAACAAAAGCAAAAACAGGAAUGCCAACACAAUUCCAUAUGACUUUAAUCGAGUGCCAAUCAGGCAUGAAGAGGAACAAAGUAAGGAGAGCGAACAUGACUCAGAUGAUUCCUCAGAUGGGGACAGCGAUUGUGAGGAUUCAAGCAGAUACAUCAAUGCUUCCUUCAUAACUGGCUAUUGGGGUCCAAAAGCCAUGAUUGCAACUCAAGGACCACUGCAGGAAACGGUUGCUGACUUCUGGCAAAUGGUCUUCCAAAGAAAAGUCAAAGUCAUUGUUAUGCUGACAGAGCUGAAAGAAGGAGAUCAGGAACUCUGUGCGCAAUACUGGGGAGAAGGAAAAGAAACAUAUGAUGGCAUAGAAGUACAAAUGACAGAUGUUAACAGUUGCCCUAGCUAUACCAUACGUGCAUUUGAUGUUACACAUCUGAAGAGGAAAGAAACACAGAAGGUGUAUCAGUAUCAGUACCACAAGUGGAGUGGCUUGGAUAUUCCUGAAAACCCCAAAGACUUAGUCAACAUGAUUCUAAACCUUAAACAAAAAGUUCCAACCAGAUCAGGCUCCAACGACAACAGAGGCAACCGCAGUGUCCCAAUUGUCGUCCACUGUCGUGAUGGAUCCCAGCAAACUGGUGUAUUUUGUGCUUUAAUGACCCUCUUGGAAAGUGCAGAAGUAGAAGAAGUAAUAGAUGUUUUCCAAGUAGUAAAAGCUCUUCGUCGCACCAGGCCGGGAGUGGUCUCCACCUUUGAACAUUAUCAAUUUCUGUAUGAUACCAUUGCCAGCAUCUUCCCUGCACAGAAUGGACAAAUAAAGAAGAACAGCCAGCAGGAAGAUAAAGCUGCAUUUGGCAAUGAAGUAGAAAAAAAAGAUCAGGAAGCUGAUUUGAUCACUAUUGAUCUUACCCCUUCAAUGCCAGAGGGAAAUGGGGCUUCUGAAGCAUGUGAAGAUUCUAAAGCUGCAGAUAUCACUAAAGAAACAGAAAGCUCUACAAAUGGUCCCACAACUCCAGUUUUAACUUAGAGGCUAUAUUAAAAAUAUGCAUGUGUUGAUUGUCAUGUGCAAAAAAUUUUAAACAAAAUAGGAAGAAUGUGAAAUCUUCUUCUUCCUACCAUUUUUGGAAAGUAUUUACUAUUAUAUCAGUUUUUCAAAGGUACAGAUUUGAGACAAUACUUGAAAGUAGAGAAUGACAGAGAACUGUGAACAUUUUUUUUUUGUGUAGAUUUGCAUUUAAUACUUCAAAAAAAUGUUUUCACUAUUUUAUACUUUUAAAAAUAUGUACAGUGUAAUACUAUGUUUUCAUGUUGAGCAGUGGGAAGGAUUUCUUUUUUCACUUUUGUAAUAAGGAGGAAAAAAAAAGAACUCAGAACACCAAAUUUAGUGUGUUGCAAAUACAGGUCUGUCUUCAAAACUACUAGCAAGUAAAUUAACCUAACGGGCAAGAGUAUAUACUAGAAUUUCAGGAAUGCCUAGCAAGCGCUGCUUUCAUCAAAUUCUGUGGAACUUGUAUAACUUUGCCAAGCAAUCUUAAAUGCUUAUCAUUUACACUGUGUAUCAAUUCCAAGGAAGUCAGACUUAUUGAGCAUCUGGCCCUUCAUCCUUUGAAAUCAACGUGGAAUAUAAGCUUUGCGUUUUUCUAACUUGCCUCAAGAUGUCCUUAUUGCUCCACAUAAAUUCAUCUGAGAUCUCACUAUUAGACUCAAAGAAGAAAGUCUGGAGACUGGCAUGCUGAAUGAUUGCAAAAAUUCUGAUAGAAAAUGCAUUGAGUAGACUUUGAGAGCUUGAAAUACUGUGCGCUGGCACAUCUGUUUCUUAUAUUCUGUAAUUUAAAAAGAGUACUUUCCUGAAACUGUCUGUGCAUUGAGAAGUCUUGUGCAACUUACAGUGUGUGCUUUUUUUCCUUCAAACAUUGUAGAUUUUAGAGAGUUGGGGUUUUUUUUUUUUUUGAAUGAUGAGGUUUUGUAUGUUACUAUUGUGAUAAUUUUACUAUUUCCUGCUGGAUUUUAGCUU